AUCCCUUGUCUUGUGAAGAUUUGGACAGAACUUAAAAGACUUGUUAUUAGAGGUGUUUUUGAGGUCGUUUUUACGUGCGCCUUUUUGGAGUAGACCGUCUCUGGAGCUUGAUGAGCAAACCACUGUUAGACGCGAGUUUCCUUUGGGACAUGGAGGACGUAGGGCUGCAGAGCGCGUCCACGCCAUUCUCUGUAAAAGACAUCCUUAAAUUAGAGCAACAACAGCAGCAACAGCAGCAGCAAAGAUGUUACCCCUGCGCGCACCCGCCACCGACCCUCUGCGCGCCCCCGAUACUCACAGGAGGGCCCCACGACAUGGACGCGCCCGAGGACAACCUGGCCUACCUCAGCGCGCUCACGAGGGGUCACGAGGGCGAGCAGGAGCAGCGGGAUCUAUUCACAGCAUCAGCAGCAGCAGCGGGAAGGAAGGAGGAGGCACGCGGCGACAUGGACGAGCACGACCCCGAGGGUCUUGUGCUGAUGAGAGAGGAUACCUCGGAGUCUACGCGCGCUGAAGGAGAGCGGCGCGCACAGAAACCCCGGAGUCGUAGGAGGCCCCGGGUGCUAUUUUCUCAAGCGCAGGUGCUGGAACUCGAGAGGCGCUUCAAGCAGCAGCGGUACCUGUCCGCCCCGGAGCGAGAGGCCCUCGCGGCAACACUGCGGCUCACGUCCAACCAGGUCAAAAUUUGGUUUCAGAACCGGCGCUAUAAGUGCAAGAGGCAGCGCCAGGACCGUACCCUCGAGCACGCGCCCCCGCCGCCUCGUCGAGUGGCAGUGCCAGUGCUCGUGCGCGACGGGAAACCGUGCAUCGGAGGCGCACAAAGUUAUUCGGGCCCCGGGUAUGCGCCCGGAUACAGCUACGGCGGCUACGGCGCGUACUCGUAUAGCGCGCCCGCGUGCACGAGCAAUUACAGUUGUACGUACAGUGGACUGCACACCCUCCCAUCAAACAACGGCUCUUUCACGAGCGCCAACCUGGGGUCCACGCAGGCGCAAACGCAGGGUCCCAUGAGCGCCUGCCAGGGCAUUCGUGCGUGGUAACAAACAGGCCACGUGACCACUAAACUGGAUCUACCUGGACCCCUGGGUCUACUGUCGCUUCACGUAGGACCAAAGCCUCGGUUCAGCCUGGACUCAGGACUUUGUGGAGUCUAGAACCUCAACUGCUUUAACUUGACUUUAUAAAAGUUUCCAAAUAAAUGCGCAGAUGCCGAGCCUCCUGCUGUGUCUCCUUCAGCAGUGCGCGUUGGUCCACUUUAAAUGAUUUAAAUGUAUUAAUGAGUGUUAUUGGUGUUAUUGUGUGUUGCUUUAUUCAGCUUAAAGAUUUGAACAUGCAUUUGCAAUUUAUUG